AUGACUGUAGGGAAAACUGCGAAAAUUUCAUCACCCUCUAUGAGGAGACGAAAAUCUGCUUUAGGCGAAGACGACGAUUUGGAACGAGAAACAAAAGCAUUAGCUUCAUUUUAUCCAAGUCCACCACCCGUGGACUUUGUUCAAAGUACAAUGUAUGGACGUUACACGAAAGAAUUGGGUGACUAUGUCAAAGGAACGCAACAGAACAUAUCAGCGCCUGUCAUACACGGCGGUGCUAACGAAGAAUUCAGCAAGUACGGCGGGAAAAUCAGUUCCACUUUAGAAGUCGUAUGGCGCCAUUCGUUCGCCAAGCUCAGCGAAGAUUGGGUGUUUCUCACGUUAUUGGGUCUCGUCAUGGCUGUACUAAGUUUUGCCAUGGAUUACGGUAUAGACUUCACCAACGAAGGAAGAAUAUGGCUAUUCAAAGAUAUGGCAUUCAAUCAGUAUGUGCAGUACAUUGCUUGGGUACUGUUACCAGUCAGUUUGAUAACAUUCGCAGCAGGAUUCGUACACUUAGUUGCGCCUCAAUCAAUUGGUUCUGGAAUACCAGAGAUGAAAACAAUAUUAAGAGGCGUCGCGUUAAAAGAAUUUCUCACCUUGAGAACGUUGAUCGCGAAAGUUGUCGGAGUUACAGCAACCUUAGGUUCGGGUCUACCUCUCGGCAAAGAGGGCCCGUUCGUGCACAUUGCCAGCAUAACGGCCACGCUUUUGACGAAAGUAAUUACCUCGUUCAAAGGAAUCUACGAGAACGAAUCGCGGAACACUGAAAUGCUGGCUGCGGCGUGCGCGGUCGGAGUGGCCAGCUGUUUCGGGGCUCCAAUAGGAGGUGUGCUCUUCAGCAUCGAAGUAACGACAGUGUACUUCGCUGUGAGGAACUACUGGAGAGGUUUCUUUUCCGCAGUCUGUAGUGCAACCGUGUUUCGACUGCUGGCCGUAUGGUUCAACAAAGCCGAAACCGUAAAGGCUUUUUUCCCGACCCAUUUCACUAUGGAAUAUCCAUUCGAUCCUCAAGAGUUGACCGUUUUCGCUUUACUUGGGGUAGUGUGUGGAAUUAUCGGAGCCGGUUACGUUUGGGCGCACAGGCAAUACGUUUUGUUUAUGAGACAGAGUAAAAGUAUGAACUCUUUCCUACAGAAGAACCGUUUUUUAUAUCCGAGUCUCAUCACGUUUCUCACGUUGACAAUCACAUUCCCAUUAGGCACCGGUAAAUAUAUUGCUGGUGAACUGAACGUACACGACCAAUUAACCGGGCUGUUUAGUAAUUUCACAUGGACAAAGAAUGAGUUCACCAUCGAGGAGGCAGAAAUGAUGAACCAUUGGCGAACGGAAAACACCAACGUUUUCAUAUGUUUAUCGGCUUACAUAGCUUAUAAUUUUGUGUUCUCUAUAAUAGCAUCGACCAUUCCAAUACCAUCCGGUAGUUUCAUUCCAGUGUUCAAAACCGGAGCUGCGUUCGGUCGAAUAGUUGGUGAACUCAUGCACUUGUGGUUCCCGAGCGGCGUUAGACACGGGAAAUUCAUCACGCCUAUCAUACCAGGAGGUUAUGCCGUAGUCGGAGCAGCAGCUUUUGCCGGGGCCGUUACACAUUCCAUAUCAGUGUCUGUAAUUGCUUUCGAAAUGACCGGACAGAUCACUCAUAUUGUACCAGUCAUGAUCGCCGUGUUAAUAUCGAACGCUGUAGCAGUAUUAUUGCAACCUUCGCUAUACGACAGUAUUAUACUAAUAAAGAAUCUACCCUACUUGCCAGAUCUUCUCCCGUCCAUAUCGGGUAUUUACAGUGUGUAUGUAGAAGAUUUUAUGGUCAGAGAUGUCAAGUACAUUUGGUAUAAUAUGAGUUACAGAGACCUGAAAAAAGUUCUAAGGGAAAAUAAGGUUUUAAGAGUGUUUCCGUUAGUUGAUAAACCAGACUCGAUGAUUUUAUUGGGUUCAGUACCUCGGGUAGAAUUAAUAAAACUCAUCGAUAGACAAGUUGGUAAAGAAAGGCGGAUGCAGGUAGUCGCUAAAUGGCAGAAAGAAGCACAGGAGAGACUUGACGAGGUAGAAAGAAGAAGAAGGGACAACAAAGAAAGGAGACCUUCCAGAUUUGAAGUCACACCCGCACCAGAUAAUCUACAAAGGAAGCAUUCAAUUAGUUCUCAAUCACUUUCUACAAAUCCCAUGAUUAAGGUGCAAUGCAGUUCUUCAUUGAAAGGACAUCCGAAAAAAUCUAUUUUAAAAAAGACAAACUCGUUCACUUUACAUAACCUAACACCUAUGAUGACUCCGUCUGCGACACCGUAUUCGACGAUAACUGGAGCAGAAAGCCGCAUACGACUAGCGUUCGAAGCUAUAUUCCACAAAUCUGCUACACUUCGAGAUGCAAACCCGGAACAGCAGAGCUUGACAGAUAUUACGGACAAGGAUAGGUGUUCGUCACAAAUCAUACAAGUGUCCAAAAAAGUUCAACUGCCUAAGGAGAGGGUCAUCGACAUGUCACCGGAAGAGCAGAGCGAAUGGGAACAAACGGAAAUGGACAAGAUUUUAGAUUUCGGUUCCUGUCACAUUGACCCGGCUCCGUUUCAGUUGGUAGAGAGGACGUCAUUACUUAAGGUUCAUUCGGUGUUCUCGUUGGUCGGUGUCAAUCACGCGUACGUCACUGCCAUUGGCCGCCUGGUCGGCGUUGUCGGCUUAAAAGAAUUGAGAAAAGCCAUAGAAGACACCAACUCGGGAACCAAACUUGGACACCACAAGACAUCAGGCUACCGCAGCGCUGCGAUGGAAUCACUGUUAAGUAAUCGACAGAUGGACAACGAUUUUGACGUGUAG